CCUCAAGUAAAUUAUCUGAAGAGCUGAAAAGUGAAUAAGGAACCAUACUGUUACCAUGUCGCCGACUCAUAGAACAGGUUGUGCCUAGGAGAACAGUUUAGUGAUUUGCCUGUUUUUUAAUACAAUCACGAACAUCCACCAGGAAAAGGUCUAACAUAUGCCUUCUAACUUUAACCAAAAGCUUGUACCUUAGUUAAAACUUAUCCGCGACAUUUAUUGAUUGCGCUACUUCGGUGGAUAUGUUUCGGAGGCUUGUUUUCGAAUCUAACAAAUUGCUGCGAAAUGUGAAGUGUGCUAGAAAUCUGAAAAUUCAUGAGUACACGGCUAUGGAACUGUUGAAAAAAUACGAAAUACCAGUUCCAAAAUUCAUCAUAGUUCGUAAUGUUGAAGAAGUUAAAGCUGCCUGCAAAGAACUGGGUGAGACUACAGAUAGCACAGAUGUAGUUUUAAAGGCUCAAGUGUUAGCUGGUGGUCGUGGUAAAGGGAUCUGGGAUAGUGGAUUAAAAGGUGGAGUUAAAAUUGUAUAUAAUGUAGAAGAAGCUGUCAAUGUGGCUAGUCGUAUGCUUGGCCACCGAAUAUUUACUGCUCAAACAGGCGAUUCAGGUCAAUUGUGUAAUACCCUGCUAGCAUGUGAACGUAAAUAUUCAAGGCGUGAACAUUAUCUGGCAAUUGUAUUGGAUCGAUCAAGUGGUGGACCAGUAUUAAUUGGUUGUGAACAAGGUGGUGUAAAUAUUGAAGAAGUGGCACGAGAAAAUCCCAGCGCAUUAAUUAAGAUUCCAGUUGAUAUCGAUAAAGGUUUGAGUAGAAAAGAUGCAUUAUUUAUGGCACAACAAUUAGGCUUAGCACAUGCUGAACUAGCUGCAGACUACAUUGAACGAUUAUAUAAACUAUUUAUCACAUCUGAUUGUACACUAUUGGAAAUUAAUCCGAUUUCUCAAGAUAUUAAAGGAAAUGUUCUGUGUAUGGAUUGUAAAAUGAAUUUUGAUGAUAAUGCUGCAUUUAGACAGAAAGAGAUUUUUGCACAACGUGAUUGGACUCAAGAGGAUGAACGUGAUGUGAAAGCAACUAAUGCUGGAUUGAAUUAUAUUGGUUUAGAUGGGAAUAUUGGUUGUUUAGUUAAUGGAGCUGGUUUAGCAAUGGCUACAAUGGAUCUCAUCCAACUACACGGUGGUAGUCCAGCAAAUUUUCUUGAUGUUGGUGGUGGUGCAACAGCAGCUCAAGUUACUGAAGCUUUUCGUUUGAUAACAUCUGAUCCUAAAGUUCAUGCAAUUCUUGUGAAUAUAUUUGGUGGUAUUAUGCGUUGUGAUGUAAUUGCUCAAGGAAUUGUAGCUGCUGCUACGGAAUUAAAUAUUAAAGUGCCAAUUGUUGUACGAUUACAAGGAACCAGAGUUGAAGACGCCAAAGCAAUUAUUGCCAGUAGUGAUAUGAAAAUUUUAGGAUGCAGUGAUUUGGAUGAAGCUGCUCAUAUGUCUGUUAAAUUGGCUGAUAUUGUUCAUUUGGCUCGUCAAGCUGCAAUCGAUGUGAAAUUUGAAUUGCCAUAUUAAAAAAAUAAAAAUAAAUGAAGAUAUACUGAAUUAUCAUCACAGAGGUGUGUGUAUAUAUACACUUCAAUAGAACAACAAGUUGAAUAACUUACAAUCACGUCUACCUACUCAUAUUAUUGAUAGCUAUGUGUGUGUUGAGUGAGUGAAUGAGUGAGUACUUUUCAUGUGUGUAACACUUCACAUUUUGUUUAUCCUACACCUUGUUCUGCUUCUUCUUC